ACCUCCUUUUUUUUCUCUUAUGGGUCUUGGUCUUGGUGUGGUGACUGGUGAUUGGUGAUUGUUACACGGUUAUUUAUUGAUUAUAGAUAGAUAGUGAUAGAAUAUUCUGGCCUGCAGGCCAAAGUCAUUGAAGUAAUAAUUUACAUUUUAAAGCUUCACCAGAGUGUAAGCAAAAAUCACGAUGAGCAAAAUCUUAGCUUCUAGAGCUUUUCAAGCCAUGCGAACAAUGCAGCCAGUUCGUCUUAGUCACAACAUUGAUUUUGAAAUUGGCCCUCACCUUCUGACAAGACCCAAACCAAAAAUGCCUAAAGGCUGGGAUGAAAUCGAAAGAAGGCGUGAAAUUUUCCAACUAGAUGAUGGUGUCCCAACCUUCCUUAAAAUGGGCUUCUGGGAUAAUAUUCUAUACAGACUUACAGCUUGCGCGGUCUUAGGAGGGAAUGUUUGGUCGUUUUACACUUUGUACCAGUAUGCGAAUAUGCCUUAGGUAUUUUACUAGCUUAACUUUAAGCACUUGAGUUGCUUUUGUAUAGUCUCCCCAUCAACAUGUUCGCAGCAGAAGUAAGGACUCCCUUCAUUGAAAUUUAUGCUGUAUUGCUGAACCACCCUAUCUGUGCAUUUAAAUUCAGUCCUCUUCUCUGUUUUAGUAUUCAGCUGAAUUGCAUAACUUUAAUUUGGCACAGACUUUGAAAUAUCUGAAUUGAAAUUUAUCUGAUGUCUCACUUUUUGUUAUCGUUAAUCUCAAUAGAAUUAAAAAAUCAAUUCCUGUUUU